AUAAAAUAGGUUUGAGAGUAAGUGAUCACAGUUAUAAGAAUGGGAAAACCUACUAGUUAUUUUGUCUUUUUUGCUACAACAUCGGCAAAUUUGCUGACCAUGUCAGCUGGUUGGGCAUAUGGGUGGUCCUCCAUAGCAAUCCCAAAACUGAAUGGUCUGAUCGAUCCAGACUUGAACCCGAUACGGAAGCCAACCACCCUUCUGCAGGAUUCAUGGGUCACAUCACUGCUACAUUUGGGCUCUAGCUUCUCGCCAAUAUUCGCUGGAAAGAUGGCUGAUCAACUAGGACGAAAGGCGACUUUGCUUAUAUUUGGUGUCGUCAUGUUGAUUGCAAAUGUUAUUACUAUCUUUGCCGACUGCGUGGAGCAUUUUUAUGUGGCCAGGUUUUUAUUAGGGCUCGGUUGUGGUGCCGUGUGGGCUGUAAUCCCGAUGUAUACCGCUGAGAUAUCUGAGGUGGACAAUAGAGGUUUUUUAAAUUGUAUUUUGGGGAUUUUGGUGACUUUCUCCACAUUGGUAUGUUUUUGUGUAGGGCCGUAUGUUAGUAUAAGCACCAUGGGUUACAUUAGUGCAUCACCGGUUGCUAUAUUUUUGGUGGUAUUUGGAUUAAUCGUUCCAGAAAGUCCAUAUUAUUAUGUUUUGAAGAGUAACGAAGAAGCAGCUAGAUCAUCUUUCAUGAGGUUAAGAAGGGUAUCUACUAAUACUGCUGAGAAAGAAGUUUUGGAUAUUAAAAGAUCUUUUAAACUUACAAGUGGUAAUGAAGCUAGUUUCCUAGACUUAUUCAGAUCUCAAAAUGCAAGAAAAGCCCUACUUAUAACAGCAGGUUUAAUGUUUUUUCAGCAAGCUACAGGUAUUUGUGGUAUUCUCUCAUAUCUACAAAGUUUUUUUGAUGAUACUGGUAGUAAAAUUCCAUCUGACAUAUCAGCAAUGGCUGUGGGUUUAGUGCAAUUUAUAUCGGUUAGUGUCCUGUCAGGUAUCGUUGAUAGAUUUGGACGAAGGGUAUUUCUAAUUAUAUCUGCUAGUGGUUUGAUCGUUGCCCUAUCAGGUUUGGGUGUGUUUUUUACGUUGAAAAACCUUCAAUACAACCUAGAUUCUUUAUUUUGGGUACCUGUAUUUUGCGUAAUGUUAUUUAUAACAUGUUUCGCUGGCGGUAUAGGUCCACUUCCCUGGACAAUUCUAAGUGAAAUCUUUCCACUCGAUGUCAAAUUUUACGGCUCUAGUGUGGUAACAUGGUUCUGUCUAUUUUUUAGUUUUGUCAUUACUGUGUGUUUUCCCAUAUUUACCGCAUGGAUGGGUAUCACAGUGUGUAUGUGGUUUUUCGCAGGCUGUACUACAUUGAUGUUGGUUUUUGUUGUAUUUUACGUACCAGAGACCAAGGGAAAGACUUUCGAGGAAAUCCAAAUGAUUUUAAGCAAACAAUAAUUUAUAAUGUUAAUGAAAUGAUGUGAAAUAUCUGUGAUAACCAACUUGAUUAAAAUGUAUAGUUGUAAAUAUUAAUAAAAAU